GUUGCUUCCUCAGCCUCUUCCUCUUCCUCUUCCUCUUCCUCCUCCUCCUAUAUUUACUAGUAGUAGUAAUAACCGAAGAUCAAAAAAAAACACCCCGGGCUUUACUGCUACCAGUUCUCUCUUCCCCAUCCUCCUCCUCCUCCUCCUCCUCCUCCGCUCCACACCAUGUUCUGGUUUCUCUCUCACCGCCGCCGACAACAACAUCAACAACAGGCCUUGCUCCCGUUGUUCUCACUUCUCUCCUCGGCUUCCUCUUCCUCUUCUUCUUCAUCUUCGAGCUCAAGCCUCCAAAUACGUAGAGUACUAAAAGCCCCUGGCCGGCCCAUUGCGAUUCGUGCAGAUCAAAUCACCGAUACUAAGACCACUCUCGUCGUGCGCCCCCAAGGCGAUGCCCAAUCUGCCGUGGCGUACAAGAUCGAAGACCUUGAUGGAAUCACCCUCUUCACCGCCACCGGCCGCAAGUUCUCGCACCGUCCUUGCCGCGAAUUCCGCGAUGCCUCGGGGCUUCCGCUGUUUGAGCUGCACCGACGUCUCUCUUUCCGCAACAAUUGGUCCGUCACGCUCCCGGGCUCGUCCCUCAAGGAUAAAACCUACUCUCCACUGGCUACGGGUUCGCGGCGUCGGGCAAGUCGCCGAUCGGCCGCCUCCUUUGGCUCGACCACGCGCGGGGGAAACUUCACCAUCACCUUUGAUAACGUCGCCGCCGUUGACGGCAAACAGCCUGAGGAACGGGUACUGACCCUAGAGGUACAGCGGCAUGGGAAUGUCCUCGCGCUGUUCGACAUCGUUGAUGGGGAUCGUAAGAUCGCGGAAGUGAGGGAAAGUAUCCGCCAUAACGAAAAGCUGGCCUUGAUGCCAGCCUCGCGCGUAGGCUACAGGCCUGUGUUGGAUGUCAUUGUGACUCCCGGGGUGGAUUUGGUACAGGUUGCGACCAUCGCGGUCAUCGCGUCAGACACAGUUUUUGCAUCGAAUUAUUGAUUUUUGUUCAGCCAAGGCGCAUGGAAGAAGCACCUGAUUUUGGAUGCCAACGACAUUUAUGAUUUUCACGACCGACU